AUGAUGAAUCAGGCAAAUGGGAAUAAUUCAUCAACCAUUACAACAUCACUGAAUAACAACAAUUCAACAAAUAUAACCAAAAAACAAACCAACACCAGUAGUAAUAACAACAGCAACAACACAAACACUAAUCCAAAUAAUAAAUCAUACAAUUCAUCUAUUAAAAAUUCAAAUUCACCGAUACUAUCAUCAUUAUCAACUAUAACUGAUUCAAAUGCUACAAAUUCAAAACAAUUAUUAAAUACUUAUAUUUAUGAUUUUUUAAUUAAACAAAAAUUACCUCAAACUGCAAAAAUAUUUAUAAAUGAAGCAGAUAUACCUUCAAUUAAACAACAACAACAACAACAACAGAAUCAACAACAGUCUAUUCAAUCACCAAAUCAAUUAAAAUUUUUAAAAGAUAAUAAUUUACCAAAAAUGUCAUUAGCAAUGGAUGCUCCACAAAGUUUUUUAUUUGAAUGGUGGCAAAUAUUUUGGGAUAUUUUUCAAAUUAAAAAUAAUAUUAGUGGUGGUAAUAUAAAUCAAAUUAGCAGUAAAGGUAAUGAUAAUUCAAAACAAAAUUUAGCUCAAAAAUAUUAUCAAUUACAAUUAUUAAAACAAAAACAACAACAACAAGAAUUAGCAAUGUUUAUGCCUGGACCAAUGAAUAAUCUUCAACAACAACAAACUCAAAAUCAACAUCAACAGCAACAACAGCAUAAACAACAAAACCAACAACAACAACAGCAGCAACAACAACAGCAACAACAAUUACAACAAUUGAAAUUUCAACAACAGCAACAACAUGGUCAAGGACAGCCGCAUCUUCAACCUCAAAUUCAACAACAAUUACCACCUCAUUUACAACAACAAAUCCCACAAUCAAUUGCUCAACAACAACAACAACCACAACAAACUGGUCAACCUGGCCAACCUCUUUUAAAUCCAAUUCCAACUAAUGGUCAACCUUCUCAAGGACAAUCGAAUUUAAAUUCAUCACAAAUACAACCAUCACAAAUUCAAAAUCAAAAUGUUUCAGCUCCAACACCACAAAUGCAACAUCAACAAAAUCCAUUAUCAGCUUCUUCAGCUAAUUUUCCAAAUAUGGUACCUCAAAAUGCUCAACAACUUUUCAUGAUGAAUCAACAAUUACAACAACAACAGCAACAACAUCCUCAACAACAACAACCUCACCCACAACAACAUCCGCAACAAGGACAAAAUGGCCAAAUUGUUCCACCACCAAAUCAAACAAUGCAACCAGGUGCACCAAUGAUGAAUCAGAAUCAAAAUCAAGCUGUUGAUCAGCAAAGAAUGAUGAUGAUGAUGAAACAACAAGCGGCAGCAGCAGCUCAAAAACAAAUGAAUCUUAAUUCAACCAAUGGAGGAGAUCAACAAACAACACCAAUGAUGAAUAGUGUCUCUAAUAAUUCAAUGAAUAAUUUGGGAAAUAAUUUAACUUUACAACAACAAUUAUUUCUUCAACAACAAUCACAAUUACCACAAAAUCAAGUACCUAAAAAUUCUUUCCAACAACAAGCUCAGAAUCAAAUGAAUAGUUUACGUCAACAAGCAGCAGUUGCGGCUCAACAACAACAACAACAACAGCAACAACAGCAACAGCAGCAACAAUUCCAAGCAAAUGAUAUUGGAUCUAAUCAUAAUUCUCCUGCUGCUCCUUGGUUACAACCCCAUCAAACUCCUCAUAUGAUGAAUAAUAGUCCAGGUCCAAAUGGUUCACAUCCAAAUCCUCAACAAGAUCAAUUUUUACAACAACAAAAUAAUAAUAAUAAUAUUGCUCCAAAUACUACUGCAAACACUCCUUUACAACCUCAAAAUAAUGCUCCACCAAUUGUUAGGAAUUCUAAUUCUACAUCAAAUAUUAAGAAUAAACCUGGUGUUAUAAACAUUAAUACUGCAGCUAAUGGUAAAUUAUCAAAAACUAAUAAUCAACAACAAUCAUCAAGUGUCAAUCCUAAUAUACCAAAUGGUAGAAAUAUGAAUGCAUUACAAGAUUAUCAAAAUCAAUUAAUGUUACUUGAAAAACAAAAUAAGAAAAGAUUAGAAAUUGCAAGAACUACUGGUAAUUCUGAACAAAAUGUAUUAGGAAAUGAAAUGUUACCACCUCAACAAAAUCAAAUUCAAAACCAACCACCACCACCACAACAACAACAAAUGUCUCAAUCUCAACAUUCAACACCCGCUGUUUUUAAUGCUCCACCUCCAACUCAACAAAAUUUCAAUGGUAAUCCUCAAAAACUUUCACCUGCAACUUCCUCUAAUCCAUCUCCAUUGACUGCGAAUAAACCAUCACCAGCAAUGGGUAAUAAAAAACCUAAAAAGGAACCAACAGGUAAAAGAAGUAGGAAACAAAGUUUUGUAGGAAAUCCACAACAACAACAAUCACAAAAUAGUCAGAAUUCUCAACAACAAGCUCAUACUCCAUUAACAUCACAACCAUCAAGUGCAGGCACUGAACAACAACAUUUACCACCACAUCAAAAUCAUCAUCAACAACAACAACAACCAAUAGCUCCACCAUCAGGAGGACCACAACAAUCACAACAACAACAACAAAGAAGAGGAUCAAAUACUCCAAAUAUUGGUAAAAAAGAAUUUACUCCAUUAACACCAGUAAGUGAACCAAUAACAAAUAAUAAAAAGAAACGUAAAAUGAAUACAGUAAAUGAAUCACCAAGAAAACAAUCUAAACAAAUACCAACAUCAUCUACAGCAAAUGCAACAAUAUCUAAUGGAAUUAAAAAAAUUGAUACCACUACCAACAAUAACAUAAUAAAAGAAGAUUCAAAAGAAAAUAUAUUAGAUUUUAAAGAUAAAUCAACAAAUAGUGAUGAUGAAUUUCAAAAUGUUUUAAUGGGUAGUAAUAGUAGUAAUAAUGAUGAUUUAUUUAAUGUUGAUUUAUUAUCUGAUCCAACAACCACCACCAACAAUCAAAAUAAUCAAUCUCAAUCAAAUAAUAAUAAUGGAUUAGGACCACCGGUUAAUACUGGUACAACAUCAUCAACAACAAAUUUUGAUGAUAUUGAUUUUGAUAUUAAUCAAUUAUGGGGUGAUGGAAAUGUUGAUGUUGAUUCAAAUUCUUUAAAUGAUAGUAUUGGUGGAUUUAAUUGGAAUGUUGAAAUUGAAAAUGGUGAUUAA